AUGGGCUGUUGCUGUUCCUGGCGCCGCAGUAACCGUAUCCCUCUCUGGUGGCCCAUUCUGGCCGUCGUUGUCGAGCUGGCUUUGCUCGCCAGCGUAUUCACAUACUUUGAAUUACGCAGACGUCGGCAAACACCCAGUAGCUCAGCGGCCGUGCGGUUCUGCUGCCCUAAUCCUCGGGUCGCCUCCAUCUGGUGGUGUCUCUGGCCAGUUCGCUACCAGCCAGCUAACUCGAGCAACGUCUACAUGUACGGCCCUGACGACCUAGUAUCUUGCGACUCAAGUUUAGCCGCCUUGACCACAGGGACCGGACCUGCAGACUCCCAAGCGGCUAACAUUGUUGGCUCAGCUACUGGGGCAAACUCUAGUGGAAGCAGUAGCUACAGCUUGAGGACUAGUCUUAGAAGACCGGGUUCGAUUGGCAUUGAACCAGAUUUCAAUGAUAGGCUAGAAUUGCGAAAAACGCGGUUGACGAAAUCGAAUAAUCUUGUCUCCAAAACGCAUGCUUCCGUGGCUUCUUUAGCCUCAGCGCUGUCAGAAGCUAGGCCUGAAGGUAGAGUAGAUGGUAGCAAUACUGGAGAGCACCUCGAGAUGUCCAAAGAACAAGCUGAUUCACUUUCUUCUAAAGCAAUUUCGACUGGAUUCUACAAUAAAGGUCUUCUUCUGACAAGGCCAGGCGAUCCAAUGCUAAACGUUCCCAACUUGAUUCCGACCAGGCUACACCCGGAUGACCUCGCCGUGGAAGCGAUGGUAGCUCGAGAUGGCAAGUCGCUUUAUUUAAGAUAUCUUAUCUGA